GCUGCUGGCGGCAGUUCCGGCGGAAGGCGGCGGCCGCGGGGCUGCGGCGUGGGCCGGGGAUGGUGCAGGAGCCGCGGGGGGUGCUGGUGGCCGGGCUGCUGCUGCGGGCGGGGGCGGCAGGGCGGCAUCGUGUGCCUCUGCUCCCGAGCCUUCGUCGAGGAUCGGAAGUUAUAUAAGCUGGGAUUAAAGGGAUUUUAUGUCAAAGAUGACAAUGGCAGUACAGGGGAAGAACAAGCAUCUGAGGAGGAAAACCGUUGUCCCAAUGUGGCAUUCAAGGUGGACAGUAAUCAUGCUCUGGACCUGGAAGAAAUUGAGCUAGACUCAGAGGCUGAGCUUAUGAAGAGUAUGGGAUUGCCUCUUCACUUUGGUGGACAGUCAGCUCACAGGGACUUUGUGGCAACAGAAAAAUACAGAAAGAGAAGUAACAUGAAGAUCAUGAAAAAGAAAAAGAAGAAAAAGGAAUUACAGCAAAAACACAGGGAUAAAAUGGGGCAGGAAUGCCAGGAUCAAGCUAAUGGGGAUCACAAGCAGUCCAUCUCUGAUGACCCAGCCCCAGCUACAGAGCAAAGUGAGAAGAGCAAAACUGAAAUUGUAAGUGAAGGGAACCAUGGAAGUUCAGAAACUCUUGCUAAUGAGGCCUUACCCGGUGAACUUAAAGAGAAAUGGGAGAAGUACUGGAGCGAGUAUGGAGAGGGCCUUCUUUGGCAAAGCUGGCUGGAGAAGCAUAAAGAGGCCUCAUCGCUUGAGGUCUUAACAGCCUCUGAGCCUUGGAAUAGUCCCGACACCAAGGAGGAGUGGGAGCAGCAUUAUAGUGAACUGUACUGGUAUUACUGGGAACAGUUUCAGUACUGGACAAGUCAAGGAUGGACUACAGAGAGCUCACACAAUGACAGCAUGGAAGUUCACGGGGUAACGCAGGAGGCAGAUCUGUCAGGAGAAAAGGACCUCAUUAGCCUGGAGGCUGAAUGCAGCGAAGUGCUGAGCUUGGAGCUGUCUCCCUCUCACACCAGAGGUGAGGAAACACUCACUUCAAGUGCUGAGCCCCAUAAUGAGAUAAUCUCUGGGAUCUGUAAUUUAAAUCUAAAUUUGGACGAAGUGGAGCAGAGCAGUGCAGCUCCAGCAGUAACCCAUGAAGACCCUCAAGAGCACGGUUCCUCUAACAGUGAAAGCCAGUGUCGUUGUGCUUCAAGCCAGAAAGAGCCCUGUGAUGGAGGAACCAGGAAAAGGAGUGCAUCUUGUGAAAAUAAAAGUAUUAACCAGUCAGGUUCACAGGGGUCGUGUAACUCGUGUAGUUCAAAUGACAAAGAACAGUUGCUGCUUCCUGACAGAAAUGAAGAUGAAGAAGAAGAGCCUCCUGAAAACAGAGUUGCCAAAGUUAAGAGAAGCCAUGAACUGGACGUGGAUGAGAAUCCAGUGGAAGAUCCUGAGGAAACCUGUUCUAUUUUGGGUUUCAAGUGUGGCACAGGACAAAAAUAUGGUGGAAUUCCAGAUUUUACCCACCGAAGUGUGCAGUACUUGGAGAAAAAAGCAAAACUCAAGUCCAGAUUUUUGGACAUGCGUAAACCAAGGAAGAGUAAGAACACACACAUCUUCUUUACAGAAGAACCUGAAACAUCUUCCCAAAAAAAUAAAACUCUGAAGAAGGUGGAAGAGUUCCUGAAGCAGGUUAACACACCUGUUGAGGAAGCCACGUCCCAGAAGGCCUCUCCUCAGGAUAAAGUGGAGGGGUCGUCCACAAGCAGUGACUCAGAGGAUCAGGACAGCGUUACCACCACACGGAGUGUGAGAUUCAGCAUUCAAAACCCUGAACCCCUGCCUUCCAGUGUGAGUGGUGGUGAACCUGGGACAAGUAAGCCUGAAGAGGAAGUGAAGGUCACAACAGCAAACAGUGCAGAUGGCCAGGGCACGAGGAAGACGGAGUGUGGCUCUGGAAGGGUGCUGGUCCCUAUGGACAUACCAGAUUAUCUCCGGGAAGAAACAGAGGAUGUGAGCCCAGUUGUAGAUGAAAAAAAUACUACAAAGAAGAAGGAGAAAAGAAGGAAGAGAAAGAAUAAAAUUGCGUUGGGAUCUAUACCUGCUGAGAUUGCUGCAGAUCCUGAGCUAGUCAAGUACUGGGCACAACGUUACAGGCUGUUCUCUCGGUUUGAUGAGGGGAUUAAACUAGACAGAGAGGGCUGGUUUUCUGUCACUCCUGAGAAGAUUGCUGAGCAUAUCGCAGUCCGUGUUGCUCAGGCGUUCAACUGUGAUACAAUAGUGGAUGCAUUCUGUGGGGUAGGAGGAAAUGCUAUCCAGUUUGCUUUGACCUCGAAAAGAGUGAUCGCUAUUGAUAUUGAUCCAGAGAAACUCAGCCUUGCACGCAGCAAUGCCGAGGUGUAUGGUGUGGCCGACAAGAUUGAGUUUAUGUGCGGAGACUUCAUGGUGCUGGCUGCUGACCUGAAAGCUGAUGUGGUGUUCCUCAGCCCUCCCUGGGGUGGGCCUGACUAUGCCACUGCUGAAAUCUUCGAUAUCCAAACAAUGAUCUGCCCAGAUGGAUUUGAAAUUUUCAGGCUCUCCAAGAAGAUCACCAACAACAUUGUAUAUUUUCUACCCCGCAAUGCUGACAUUAACCAGAUUGCUUCUUUGGCGGGGCCAGGAGGGAAAGUUGAAAUAGAACAAAAUUUUCUCAAUAACAAACUGAAGACGAUAACAGCUUAUUUUGGUGAUCUAAUAAGGCGUGACCUCACCUGAAUUCAGCGUGGAUUCUACCAAACCCAACCUCCUCGUUUACUUCUUUGCAUAAGCUUUUGUACAGCUGACUUGUUCAAAAUGACUUGAGCCAUUUUCUGCUUUAAUUUCUAUUCCCCAAAAAAAUGUUUUGUUUAAUGCUACUGUCAAUAAAUGUUUUAUAACAAUUUGACAAAUUUCUAAGAAUAGAGUAGCUGUGGAUGUAGAAAAAAUCUUUAUAAAUGCAGUCUUGCAGUGUUCAAGUCCAAACAGCUGAAGAGGAGUUGACGACUGCUUUACAACUCUGGUGUGUGCUCCUUCAGUGUUUGCUCUGUUUUGGGCACUCAAAUAGUUUGAAAGACAUGGUGUGUCAAGAAAUAAUAUCUGUGCUUCAGAAACAAAAGCAUCUGUACAUAAUGUGGAACCAGGUGGUCAGAUAAACCACCUUGUACAGCUCUGAGCUGACUUCUCUGGCUCCCUGUGCACUUGGAAACCCUUUCAGGUUUCCUUUGUGGCACACAGCUCCACACGUUUGCUAUAGCGAGUACUGCAAGUACUGCAGCAUGUUGCAGCAUGGGGAGAGAACGGGGUGUGUUUGUUGGCAGCAGGGCUGUACCCUCCUCUUUGCUAUUUGUUCCUUUUUUCCCCUUUGUUACAGAUAUUUAGGAGAAGCAUUCUGACUGGAGGUUUGUCCCAGUAGCUUAGCUAAGGACCACACAGGUUUGUAUCCCCUCCCACCCUUUUUGAGGCCUUUUGGAUACCUGGUCCUUGUGCGGGUGUCAGGGAGUGGCAGGGGGAGCCCAGCCUUCCGACUCUAGGUUUGGGUGGAGAGCAGUUACUUUUUUACCAAGCAGAAGAGGAGUCAGGAAAGAAGAGGUGUCUGUAGGGCAUGGCCAUAGUAUUCUCACUGAAAUAUGCUUACAGUAAGUAAGAGAUUAAUUCUGGUAACUGCUUUUGGGGUAGGAGUGUAGGAACACAGCUUUGAAGAUACUAAGUGCUGAUUCUCCUCUACCUGGAGUGCAGCAGAUCAUUAUGUUGGAGGCAGCAAAGACUAAGCAUUAAACCAUGGAUUUGCGUUGAUGAACAAAGCUCUGUAGAGUAACUGCAUAGAAUAAUCAACUGAGAGGAAUUUUUUUUCUUCCUCCCUUGUAAGGAAGGAAAUCUAUCUUUUUGAAUCAGGAGCCUAACGUGUUAGUAUCUAUGGGUUGUUAAAAAAUACACAUGCAACCUGACUCUGCAUGUUUCAACUGCAGUAAAACAGCACCUAGGACAUAACUCUUCCUAGCUUUACUGUCAAUGCAAUGCUAGACAGUUGCUAAAUGUUAGGUGUUUCAUCCAUGCUUCACAUGAGGUAUAUAUGAUCUUUUGACUUUUUUGUUGUUUGCAUCACUGCAUUUUGCCUCUGUGCUGUAGAAAGGAAGUGCUGCAAUAGUGCUGGCCUCUGUGUCAGUAUUUAAAGGGAGCUGGAAAGGAGAAAAGUUGUCUCUGCAAUAAAUCUUACAGAAUGACAAGGAGUGCGGCAGUGGCAAGUAAAUGUAAAGAUGUUAUUAAACGUCCACUACAAGCUAAAUAAAAAAAUAAUCAUGAGGCCAAAUGAAAAAUAAACUAAUUUAUACUGUUA